GAUAUUAAAAACAAAUAUUAAAUAGGAUUAGCGUCUGUGGUAAAUAAACAAUAAUGUUACGGGACCUCAUAACGUGGGUGUUGAAUACAUAUCUUGGAAAGUAUCUAGAGAACUUGAAUUCCGCCCAAUUGUCAGUGGCACUGUUAUCGGGCGAGGUUGAGCUUGAGAAUAUACCCAUUCGCAAAGAUGCUCUCCGUUCGUUCAAUUUACCGGUCGAAGUCACCGCUGGCAGCAUACGCAAAAUCAAACUGCAGAUUCCUGUCCGUCAGUUUAGGACUUCACCAUGGUGUAUUUCCAUCGAGGGACUUUUCUGCAUCAUUUGUCCAAAGAAUCUGGACAAUUGGGACUACGAGAAGGAAAAGAUGCAGGAUCUGGAGUACAAGCUAGCCGUUUUGGAUGCAGCAGAGGCGGGAUGGCGGUCCGAAAAGGGCAAGCAAAUGGAGACCUACUACUUUUCAUCAUACAAUAAUUGGCUUAAGUAUGGCACUAACAUGGCCACAAACAUAAUUGACAACAUCGAACUUAAAAUAUCCGAUGUUCACUUUCGAUUCGAGGACAUUGUGGACACUGGCAAGAGCAAGAUAUGCACGGGCAUCAAGAUUGGUUCUCUUACCGCUCAGAGCUGCGACUGUGAUUGGACAAAUGGGUCCUACAAAAUGACCAAUAACGAAAUGAACUAUAAACUGGUGGAGCUCAAAGAGCUGUCGGUGUACUGGGAUCUGCUACACGAUGACAUAAAAUGUCAGUCGUACUCCAACCAGGAGAUUCUCGAAAAAAUGCACUCAACCUGCGAGUUGAGGCCCCAUAACUUCAUCAUCAAGCCCAUUUGCGCAACAGCGAGGUGGAAGCGUGACAAGUGUCAACAGGUGAUACGUACCAAAGACAAACCCAGAGUUUCUUGCGAACUCCUGGUUCCCGAGGUGGUCAUAGACAUAUCCAAGGUCCAGCGGCUCCAAAUGUUAGAUCAGCUCUCAGAAAUCCGUCAAGUUAAAGAAGUUCGACAGUAUAGAUUAAAGCGACCAAAUUGCAGCGUGGAAAGUAAUCCAAGAUUAUGGUGGAAAUACGCUACCGUUUGUCAUGGUUUUGACUUUAGGAAAAAUGAGGAAAAUUGGUCUAUUCUCAAGGAAAAUCUUCGAUAUAUGUUACUCUACAAGGCGAUUAUUUUAAAUCCAAAUGAAAAUCUAUCCAACGCAGAUAAAGAGUUUAAAGCUUACAUCGAGAGCGAUAGAAAGAUCUCGGACUUAACAAUAAUGAGAAGAAUAUCCUUUGAAAAUGUGUUUACGAAAGGUUUCUCAUUCGAAUCGCAGAACGAGCAAGGGAAGAAUAUGCUAUUCCAUUGGUUUCCCAACUGGAUGGGCUGGUAUGCAAACAGUCCCAGUACUCCAAAUAAUGAACAGGAUGAAUCAUUGAAACAUUUGGAAGAUGAUAUUCUGGUUGCGUUGGAGAACUCACUUCAGAACUCUUCGGAUUUAAAGAGCGAUGCUGUAUUCGGGUAUUUUUCAAUCAAGUUACUCAAAGGAUUGGUAAUUCUUCAGACCGAUGAUUUACUAAGUGAUGGGCAGAGAAAAUCUAUGGAAAUGCAAUUAAAUAACUUUUCUGCCUACCUCCAGUUGAGCCCACAGUUAACUUCUUAUACUGUGGGCAUAUCAUUGCAAGAAGUUUAUUUAAUUGAUAAAACCAGUUGUGAAACGAUGCACAAUUAUCUAAUUAAGCCACAAACAGGGAAUACAGCUACACCAAACCAAGUAGUGAAAAGCGCACUGCAAGAGGACACUCUAUUUCAGUUACAAUACGAAAAUUGUAACCACUUACGAUUUCAGCUUAAUAUAAAAUCAAAAGGUUUAGAUCUUAUCUAUAAUGAAGAUGCAAUUCAGUGGCUUCUGGAUUUCUUGGCUGAUUCAAAUCCGAAUAGAUUUUCACCGCGCGACAGAGUCGAGAAGAAAACAGAUUUUAUGAAAAACUGGAAUCAAAUGUUUAGUGGUAAUGAGGUUAAUCGAAAGAUUUGGAUGUUCGAAAUCGAAAUUUUCGCGCCACGUAUUAUUUUCUUGGAAAAUUACAAAGUUAGCAAUUCGCUGAUGGUCUUGCUGGAUUUCGGGAAACUGGAAAUGAGGAAAAUGGAGGUUAAAAGAGUUAUACCUGUGAUAGAAUCGGCUGUAACGGAGAAUACGAGUGAUGACGAUGAAACCUAUUUGACUCCAUGUUCGACGCCCCCAGCUUCAGAGAAAAGUGGUUCUGAUUCUCCGACACUUCUUGAAAAUUCCAAAAUGGAAAGCUUUUUAAACAAAAAUGUCCAAUUGGAGUACGUUCUACAUAAUAAGAUCUACGAUAAAUAUCUGAUAAACUUUACAAACCUUCAAGUUUUGGUUUGCAAAUACGAAGAAAGGUGGCAAGCUUGCUUAAAAACAUCCUCGAAUUUUCAUCUUAUUGAUAAAUUUAAUAUAAACCUUACUCUUGAGCAGAGGAAUAUAUUCACUGUUGAUCCGGAAUAUCCUUCGUUUAUGCUUUUUGGAACCUGUCCGACCAUAUUAAUCCACGGGAAUGAAGAACUUAUAAAUAAUUGCUGUAACAUUAUGAAACCCAUUAUAAAAGCUUCGAAGGAAAUGGAAAAUAUUUACAGAGGAGGCAAUACGAUCUACGCAAGUGAGAGAAUUAAAAAUCUGGCAGAGGAUGACAGAAGUCGAGUUGUGAUUGAGUUUGUAAUGGAUCAACUGGUGAUAGAAAUGCAAUCGACAGAAAGAAGUAUAGCUGAGCUUCAAAUUAUCGGGGCACGAGCUGGUCUAACAAAAGAAUCAAAUGAGAUGAAUAUUUCCAUGUCGGUACAUGGAUUGCUCUUAGUGGAUGCCAUUCAAUCUUUUGGUCCAGAUUUUGAGUUAUUGGUGGCCAGUCAUCGGCAUGUGGGAAUGGAUAGUUUAUCUGGUAGCCUUAAACAUAGUGCAAUUGUUUCGCCAACUUCGCCUGGAUCGCCAAAUUUUUUUGAUAGGGCUACUAGUCCGCACAUGAUUACAAAAGCAGUUCAAAAUAUUAAGAUGGGAGAUAGAUCGACAGAAUUCUGCGAGGAUGAGGACUCAACGGCUCUUAUCACGGUUGACAUCAAAAUUGUUCCACCCAAUGAAAAUAACUCAAUGCAACAUCACACUACCAACAUCACGUUUAACAGUUUGGACAUAAUUGCUAAUCAGGAUACUAUUCUUGAAAUUCUUAACUUCGCAAAAAGAACCCUUUUGGCCCAAAAUAUAUUUUCAAGUGAAAGCCCUGACCCACCAAUAGAAUCCACCGAAGUACCACUAGAAUCGGAUGAUCAAGUUGAUCAUAAAAAUCAUAACGAAAUAUUCUUUGAUUUUUUCCGUUUGAAUAUUCUCCUCUUAUAUACCAUCAAGAGAGAUAAAUUCAAUGUUGGCCGAAAAGUUGGAACUGUUACUUUGACGGAAGCCAAAAUCAAUGCAUCUUUUCAAUCGGAUCUGUCGAUUUUCGGUUCACUUGGCGGCAUACAAGUUAUUGACAUCACUUCAGAGGCAUUCUGUCAUCCGAGAAUUCUUUCUGUUGGUCGAGACCAAAUCUUAAGAGCUUCCGAUACAAAUAAACAAACCGUUCUAAGUCAACUUUCCAAUGAAAUAUACUCAAAUAAUUACAAUGAAGAAAAAAGCGACGAAAGUGAUGCCAUUAGCUUUCAAAGUCAUUGGAGUGACAAGACUACAUGCACUUUCCAAAUGCGAAUGGCUUCGGCUUCUUACACUCAUUGCCCUAGGUUUUUAAGGGAUGUAAAUGCUUGCAUUACGUACUUUAAGAGGAGUUUAAGAGAAUUUGCCACUUCCAUUGGUAAUAAAGCUACAGAUAUGGCCAAGGAGUUUGUGCAACAGGUUAGGGCAGUUGAGCAAAUUGGACCAGUUUACUCACAGCCAAAUCGUCAGGAUAAUUGGCUUGAUAUUAUAAUUAGUAGUCCAAUCAUCAUUCUGCCUAUUUCCAACAUGAGUACAAAUGUAUUGAUUGCUAAUUUGGGCAAAAUAAGCUGCUCAAAUGCAGUUAAAUGCGAUUCGGAUGAUUUCGAUGAAUCCUAUACAAUUGAGAUUAAGAACACAUACGUAUACUCCUUGAACAUUGAUGAACAUGAUUAUAGUUUUAAUGUUCAUCCUGCGAAAAAUAAGGAUGCAAUUCCCAUAUUGCAUGACACAGCGAUCACUUUACAUCUGUAUGCCGGUUAUAGUGAGGAUAAUGGCCAAGAAAGACAACUAAGUAGUUUCUCAAUUAAGGGAAGUAUGGUUGAAGCCCUGAAAGUGUCCCUAAACCGUAAACAAUAUGAGUUACUUUUGGAGAGCAUUCGUUAUGCCACCAAUUUCUCAAAUGGCGCUUUAAAUGAUUUUGUAGACCUUGAUCAAAACGGGGAGAGUGAACCAACUUCAAGUAUUGAGGAUGAACCCAUUAUUAGCACGAUUAUUCAGUUCUCAGUGCCUGUAUUUCAAAUAAACCUUCAGAAUGAAUACCACAAUGAUUUGAUAAAUCUAACAUUUAAAGACUUCAAUGUUAAGCAUAUUGCUAAAGGAUACGACAAGGAUAUGGAAGUGGUGUUAAAGUCUGUCUUAAUGGAGGAUUUGAAAUCGGAUCUGACAUCACCGUUUAGAAAUAUGGUGACUUCAAUAGAUCUUGAGAAAAAUAUUAAGAAAAAUGAAAUGACAUCGUCCUCAUGUCCCGAUUUGCCAAGCUAUUGUAAUUCAUUGAAAAACAGAUCUAACUCAGUUCCGUCUUGCUUCUACAAUCACAUGCAGGUGAAGGUGUUUGGCGGAGAUAAGAAGUUUACAUCUAGCAACAAAAAUGAAUUGGGCAGAAAAAAGGAAAGUCAAACUUUGGUAAUUUACAAAUCACAUACAGGACGAUUGGCUCAAAACAGUAAACUUGAAAAAUCCAGUUCAAUUCAAUUUAAUUGCUUGAACUUGGCCAUUUGCGUGGAACGCUGGUAUACCAUUUUCGACUUUUUUGGCCUUGUUUCUGUUGAUAACUCCAAUGAAAAGUAUACCGAGGAGAAGAAACUUGUUGAGAAACAUGUCGAUGAGCUUUGCAGCAAACUAAAGGUCUCUAUAAGGAGCUUUAACUUUACCUUGAUUCGAAAUGAGUCGCUUUUAUCCAGGGUGAAUGUGUCGAAUGCCGUUUUUAUGAUUCUUCAAGAUCCAUUUUCCAAAAUUGUUGAAGGCUGCUUAGGAUCUGUGUCCGUUUAUGAUCUGACAAAAUAUGGAAACAUUUAUAAGCAAAAGUUUUUAACAAGUGGAACAGAAGCUUUGAACUUUGUUUAUAAGAAAAAACUCGUUGAUUUGGAAGCUUUGAAAACCUUGGAUACCGACUCAACCCUGCGUAUUAACAUGUCUGCAGUGCAUUAUAUACACACCAAACGUUUUUCCACCGAACUACAUGUUUUUGUUAAAGAUCUUUUACAAUUGCAAACGCCUGUUAUAAGAAAAUUAAAGAAGCAAAGUCAUGGAAAUGAAGAGAAUAUGCGUCCAUCGAAAAUGAAGCUCGUAAUUCAAGCCGAUUCACCAGUAAUCGUACUUCCGGCAUCCUAUAGCAGAAACGAAGUGAUUAUCGCCUACCUUGGGCAGUUUACUUUGAAAAAUAGUUUCCAUUUUGCCAGCGACGAUAAUAUAAUAAGCAAAAUGAGUUCAACGCCAAGUAAAAACGAAAUCCUGGAUGUAAUGAGAAUCGAUUUGGUCAAUAUAAACCUGUUUUCCGGGGAAAGGACCUCAUCGAAAGGAAAAGUUGAACAGGAAAAGGAUCGUAUUAUAAUCGCUGAUAUGAACUUCCUGAGAUUAGGUCAGCCAUUCUUUAAUGAGUCGUGCUUCCUUCACCUGCAAUUGGAGCGGAAUCUUUCCGCAGAUAUUCAUCGCGUCUGUCCUGACAUCAGUGUUCAGGGAACAUUCUCCAAACUGAAUGGCAUGAUCAAUAUUCAGCAAUACAAAUUAAUACGAAGUUUUUUGAACAACAAUAUUGGAGAGCAAACCGAUGACAUCUACAUGAAUUACCAUAAUAACAGUUGUACAUCCAUUGAAAGACUUUCAACAAUUAACCUUUUACCCAAAAAUGAAGUGUCUAAAACUGUUACAAUACUAAUUUCGAUAAGAAUCUUACUGGAAGAUGUCUCACUACUCUUGGCUUUAAAUACCUCGCAAAGUGCAGUCAUAGAACCUUUGGCGUGUAUCCACUUUUUGAAGUCUACUUUGGAAAUCGAUUUAUUCAGCGAUGGUUCACAAGAUAUAGAUUUGAUAUCGAGUAAUAUUCUUAUUGUUGAUGAACGAAACGAACCCGAUAAGAGCAAUGAAAACAUGUUUAAAAACAUAUUGGAACCAUCGAAGAAGGAGGUUCGUGUUGAGAACUCCGUGCAAGUCGAAGUCCAUUGCAGAAAGAAAGCCAAUUUCUGCAAGUACACAAUAAUGCUCAAUAACAUGAGAGUUUUUGCUCUGCUCAGUUUUCUGGACCAAUUAAAAUCAUAUUUGCAAGAAGACUCACCGGCACCCGUUGUAAAUAGUGUAACAAACCAAGUCCCACAGAAACCGCAAAUGGAUAACAACAUUUCCACGGAGUACGUUGUGAAUAUUACAGAUUCUGAAAUCAUAUUCGCAGAGGAAUGCAGUCGGCUGGACUCGAAUGCAAUCAUUUUGAAAAGUACAACUGUUAUAUGCUAUAAACCAAAUAGUAAUAUUGUACCCCUAUCGUUGGACAUCAAUCAUUUGGAGAUAUUUUCCUGCACCCUAGACGCCGAAGAUGAAAGCGCUUUAUCAAUCAUCGAUCCCUUUACAUUGAUCAUUGAAUUGCGGAGUAAUUGCUUACACAUUCUCAUUCAGAAACAUUUGAAUAUUCGGUUGUCCUAUGUGGAUGUCAAAUUAUUUUCGAGAAUGGCACGACUUUUGCCCACCCAAACAUCACGACCAAAGAAUGUUAUAUCAAAGGCUGAUUCGGAUAUAGAGAAGGUUGCUCCACUCGUGGCAAUGGGUUUUGAGCUUUCCGAUUGUCUAUAUGCCAUGCAAGUCAACAAUUGGAGAAUCAACGAUGCUGCACUUUGGCUGUCCCAGCAAAAACAGAAUACGUACCGAAAUCCCGCCUUGGAAAUGAAAACCGCUGUAGUGGACGCCAGUCUUAUAUCGGUGUUCAUCAUUGACGAUUGUAUGGAUGCAGAUGUGCCACUGCUCGAGGUUUCCCUCUCGAAGUUUCUGUUGAACUUUACUUUCAAGACCAAGGAUCCCAAUCCCAAGGAGACCAACAUUCGGCACUAUAGCUUGGGCAAUAUUGACACUGAGGCUGCUGUGAACUAUUAUAAUCGUCGUCUUAGUGGAUGGGAACCAGUGGCGGAGACGUGGGAGUCCAACUUGAAAUGGAAAUACACCAAAGGUCAUUUGGAUAAUAAAAAACGUUUUGAGAUUGGAAUUUCCAGCAAGCAGAUGCUAAAGCUAAAUGUCACCUCCACAUUCAUAGAACUUUUCAAUAUGGUUCUAAAGAACUGGACAAACGACUUUAACGACAAUGCCAAGAACUUUAGGCAACGCUCUCCGUUUAUUCCAUUUGCCCUUCAAAAUCUCAGCGGAACACCACUUCUUUUUAAGCCCAUCUACGCUCCUCUGGGAGAUUUAACAUGCUCCGAUUUACAGCAGUUUGAGUUGAUAAAGAACUGGUACUCUGUGCAGCCCAACGAAACCAAAACCUUUGAUUUUAGUCAGAAAAGUAAACUAAGACACGUACAUUCUCACCAAUUAAAUUUACAUCAGAUUUUUGUACAAAUUCAUGGUUGGACAUUGAUUGGUCCCAUAUCGGUAGACAAAGUUGGAAUGUUUUUCCGAACUACAAAGUUGGAUUCGCAGUUCUUAACAAAGAGCCGGAUAGUCUUCGAUAUCUCAUUGAUUGGAUCUGCCCAGAAGCUGAUUAAAGUGAAGUCUUCCUUGGGGGUGAUAAACAAACUGGACCGCAAUGUAUUCCUGAAAAUGUCCCUGAAGAGUACUCAUAGUGAUGGACUUAGUUCAAUAAGUGUUAUAAAACCCAAUGACGAGCUAACUUUGCCACUGAAGUUCAUUGAUGCAUCGUUGCAUGUAGCACAUAAUACGAGUGAAAGCGAGGCUUAUGAGGAAACUGGCUUUAGCAACGAGGAAAUUCUGUGGAAAGCCUGUGGCAAAGAGGACACUCGACAACUUCUUGCUGGCUAUGAUAAUACUAAGAGUGUAGUGUACACUUUGGUCAACAUCAGCAGAGAAAUUUAUCAUUUUAAGGAACAGAAUUUACCUGGGCAUAAGAUCACUCUGUUGCCGCCCUUAAAGAUAAAUAAUAUGCUCUGCUGUGACCUGAUGUUUAAGAUCCACGAGCACGCCUUUGGAAGGAUAAACUCAUCGGAAAGUAUAAAUAUCUACAACGUUAACAUAUGUCAACCUCUAAACUUAAGCAUCACAUUGGAUAACUUUCAACUUUCUGGACAACUUAAGAUUCCAGUGAGUCAUAAGGGUGUCAUCGAGCCGAAACUAAAAUUAUUUGAUAUUAAAAAGAGGGAGUUGCACCUGCGCGUAUCCAUACAAUCGGUUCAAGGCAAGGGCAUGGAACUUUAUAUCAGUGCCCCGGUUUGGAUAAUCAAUAAAACGGGACUUCCCCUGAUUUAUAAACAAGAAGGAACCAAUCACACAGCUGCAGGACAGUUUGAGGAGCAUGAAACUGCGCGACAAGUAGCACCUCUGAUGUUCUCCUUUUCGGAUCAGGAAGGUUCACCGGCUCUGGUUCUGCGAUUGGGAAAUGCUUUUGGCUCCAACAACAUCUGGUGCAAAAGUUUUAGCACUCAUAAGGACUUGGCUCACAGGGAACUGCGAGCAGAAAACACGAGAGGAAGCUAUGCGAUUGGUAUUAGCGUUAGAAGGGGUAGGGGAUUAUAUGCCUGCACCACCUUCGUAACUCUGUCACCCAGAUUCCAUUUACACAAUCGAAGUGGCUAUAAGCUGGAGUUUAUGCAACUUUGCGAUAUAGUUAACUAUGACCGUCCCGAUCCGCGUAAAAUUAUUGCAGCACCUAUUGAUUGCAACUUCGCUUUCCAUUGGCCCAAUUGGGAUCAGGAGCAAGUCAUUUGCGUUAGGAUACCUGAGAUAGAGUGUUGCUGUUGGUCAAAGGGAAUUCCCAUCAAUGAUGUCCAGAGUUUGUAUAUCAAUGUGCGAAAUGAAUGGGGCGAAAUGUUUUUCCUUCGAUUGGAAAUCAUAUCAAAAGAUGCAACUUAUAUACUUUUGUUUACGGACGCUCGAACUCUGCCACCACCGAUACGAAUUGAUAAUUGUUCAGAAGUUGUCGUCAAUUUCUCACAGCUGCGAUCCAAGCCAGUUUGGAUAACGCCAGUUAGACCACAAUCUUCUCUCUCUUACGUCUUGGAUGAUCCGAUGGGUGCGCAAACUUUGCUGAUGGAAGCACCUGGAGGAAACAUGAUAGAGUUUCCCAUUAACAACGUUAACAAUAUAAAGAAAACACUGACUUACACCAACUUCAUAUACAUCGCAUUUCAUGGCACUUUUGAACGAUCCAACGAAGAGGAAAAUACCCAUAGACAUUUGGUUUUGGGCGUACGUGGUAAAAAAGUUGUGAUAAUGGAGAAGAACUCGGGUGAUCGCUCCCAACUGUGGCUUAUGAACUCGAAUGGUCAAUUGGAACAUGAAGGAUCCACUCCACCGAUUCAAACAAACGAUGCUAAUGCUGUGCGACUUGUACUGGAUUUGGAAAAGGCUCCGAAUCCAAUGGAGUUUACCAGCUUGGUGGUGCGAACACCCAACAAGCAAAGGGCUACAACGCAGACAUGGAGAUUCGAAAAUGGCCGAUUGAUGUGCCAUGCAAAUAUGUGCGUUCAGUCUCGAUUUGGAGAGAAUGGAUUAAAACCAAACUACGAAGCAGUUUUGGGGCGAACUGAAAAUAGAUCAAAAUCGUGUAAUACAAUACCGAUUGGACAGCAUAUUGUGGCGCAGAAAUUAAGGCCUGGUUCGGGUCAAUUGGAGCUUUCAACGAGAAUGGAUGGACCCAUUUCCACGAUAGAAAUAUGUGAUAUUAAAAUUAAACAAAAUUCAGUAUUCCUAACACCCGAUUUAUUAUGGAUGCAUGCUUCUCUGAAUAAUAGGCAAAUUACGGACAAGGGAAAAGUAUCAUUCGUGCAUGAGUAUCUGAUUAAUAUAGAGCUCGUUAAAGGAAUCGGUAUUUCAAUCAUAACUCGAAAGCCUUGUGAGGAAAUCAUGUUCAUAACCCUCGAUCACAUUCAUUGUGAUAUAGUGCAAAGUGCUCUGGAGAAUUCAUUAGAUUUGAAUAUUUUAUAUAUACAAAUCGACAAUCAAUUGUUGGAUGCGGCGAGUCCAAUCGCGUUGCAUACGCAAACUUCGAGCGACCCCGACCAAACGCAAAACGCAGUGGUUCUUAAAUUGAAAAUGUUACCUUGUCCCAACAAGAACGCAAUCAUUUUUAAGUACUUAACCCUGGACUUGAAACCCUCAACGGCGAUUCUGGAGGAGAAGCUGAUACUUAAAGUAGCUUCAUUUUUGGGAUAUGGCAAAAUCAAUCGACAGAAUCUAAGUGUACAAUAUCAGUUUGAAAACUCUGAUGAUAAGCCCAUUCUGCAGGAUAUGAAGAGAUACUACUUUGAGAAUUUAACUAUAGGCGCAACUCAGGUUCGACUCUCAGCAUUCACUUCAUCCAAGCUACCAGUGGAACUGCACGAAACGAAAAAGACACUUGGACUUACUUUAAUCAAAUUCGAAGAUGCCUUGAUUGAGCUGGACAGGUACUCGGAUAAACUACACUUUGAGACCAUGGACGUUUAUCUGAAGGACAUGAAAAAGCACUACAUCAACCAAAUUAAAUGGCAUGCAGCUGCUAUAUUGGGAAGUGUAGAUUUCCUUGGAAAUCCACUAGGAUUCGCCAAUGAUCUUUCAGAAGGAGUUUCAGGACUGAUUUUUGAGGGCUCCGUCAAGAGUCUGGUGAAAAAUGUUACGCAUGGCAUAUCGAAUUCCACGGCAAAGUUGACGGAAACUCUGUCCGAUAGCCUGGGAAAAGUUGUGCUGGACGAUCACGACAAUGAGACAAGACAACGAAUUCUGGAACUGCAGUCCAAUACAUCCGGAGGUCACCUUGCAGCUGGUCUGAAGGGUCUCGGAUUCGGAUUGCUGGGAGGAGUCACGAGUAUAGUGAGACACACUUACGACGGGGCACAAGCAGAUGGAGUUCCUGGCUUCCUUAGUGGAUUGGGAAAGGGAUUGGUGGGCACUGUAACGAAACCAAUCAUUGGAGUGCUAGAUCUGGCUUCAGAAACAGCCAGUGCAGUUCGAGAAACCAGUCGGGAUACUCAGAGAAAUGCUCCAGAAAGGAAGAGACUUCCCAGGUGUGUAACUGGUGCUCCUGGUGGUCUCUUGCCUUUGUAUUCCAAUCGACAAAGCAAAGGACAACAAUAUCUAUACCUAAUCAAUCAUAAAAACUUUUCGGAAAAGAUAAUAUCUUACGAUGCGAAUCUGUGGAGCGAUAAAGAGGCUAGAUUGCGCUUGCUAGUUUCUACCGAAUAUGUACGGAUAUUUUCAUUGACCGACGGCAAUCCAACCAUUAUGUUUGAAUGUCAUGUUAGUGAGAUACUUUCGUGCCAUCCAGUAGUAACGAAUGUUGGCACAACGCCGUCUACGAGUAGUAGGGCGACAGCAGCGAGCCACUACAUCGAGAUAUCAACAAAUCUUCCGAAGAUUACCAGGCCGAGGAUACGUUGUCGAUCAGAGGAAUGUGCUGAGGCUGCAUCAAGAUGCAUAAACUACGCUAAAAGUGUCUUUGAUGAACGUGAACAUGCCGUUUUAUAAAAUGCAAUAAGUCGGUUCGUGAUAAUAAACAUAAACCUUUUGACAACAAGUUUUACAUUUUAUUUUCUUUGGCAAUGAGUGCUAUUUUAUUUCCCAAUUAGUAAGCAAAAUAAACAUUUAAUAAUUAAUAAA